GGAAACAGUUCCCAAAAACAUCUUAUUUGAAUGUUUUGAGGGUUUUCACAGAAAAACAUGUCAGUGACAAAACUCAUCCAGGUGCGGCGGAUGACCAACGUGUGGUGCCACGCUGACCCUGCCUGGGCCCUGGACGUGCUGCGGAGUGCCGCCCCGACGCUGGAGGAGCUUGACCUGAACAAUCCCCGCGAGGAGCACCUUCUGGCUGCGUACGAAAUGCCUGUACUGCGGCGGAUGGCGGUGUUGUGCGCCGACGGUGCCCUGGACGCACAGCCCCCCGCGCUGCCCGCCCUGCCACGAGGCGUCCUCAAGUGGCUGCGUGUUUUGGGACUCCCCCGGGCCACCCUGGCCUCCCUGCUGCGGGCCCACAGUGCCUCGCUGGAGACGCUGUGGCUGUACGUCGGCACUCCGGGGGCCGGGCCGUGGCCUGUAGGAUGCGACGACCUGGACGCCCUGCUGGGCCAGUGCGGCCUCCGCGUGUCCAGGGUCGUGCUGGGGAGGUGGUUCGCCAGCCACUCCGAGUCAGCCUGCCGUGCACAGGUGUCCGCGGUGCGGCGCGUGCUGCCGGCCGCCACGGUGCAGUGCGACAUGUGUGUGUGGAAAGUGUUAUAAACACGACCGUGGACUGGGCACAGCCGGCGGCCAGAGCUCUAGACGCGUUUUGAGCUCCAGGGUCGCUUUGCAGUGCGACAUUUUCGUUUGUUUAUAGGUUUCCUUGCAAACAGUUUAAUUGUUUUUGUUCUGUUGAAAAAUGGUGGAAAUUGGGUUGUUCCCUUCAUCCGCUUCAUGGUGAGAUGUGAAAAGAUGUUGAGGAGUCCUGCAAAGGGGGCAUGUA